GUACCGUGCAUCGCGUGGAGGAUUCCUUCCUCCAUGCACGUACUUACCAUGUACCAGCACGCGCGCCUACUACGUGUGCAGGUCUUAGUUGAGCAGUUUCAGCCUAGCAUGCGCAUGCAAGCCUUGACAGAAGCUUGAAGAAAGAUUGCAUUGAUGAACAAGACUCUUUGUGCUCUGCAAUCGCCAUGUUGAAUUAUAGGUCUUGCCUGUUAGCUCUGAGGUCAGCAUGUCAGAACUGCCCCCUGACAAGCUACCCCGGUACCUGCGGUCUAGGUUCCACCAAUGCCUUGUGGACCUCCGGGCACACCCUGAGGCUCGCUGGAGGCCGAGUGUCCUACUCCCAAUACAGGCACAUGUCCCUGCUGUACUACAUGCGCAAGAUUCCCAAACGAUUCAAGGAAUUCCAGAGGUUCCAGCUGAAUAUAGUUGAAAGGCCCACUAAAAGCAGCAAAUUCCCUUCAGAGAUUGCCACCUAUCUGUGGCUGAUUAGCCUGAAAGCCAGAGUACGUUUCACCAAUGGCAAGUGGUACACGUCAGAGGUGAAAGGGAUUAGAGAGGAGCGACCGGUCAAGGAACUCAUGAAGUACAACAUCGAUGCCAUUGAUGCCAAAGACACAUUGAUAGACUAUCACGGCAUGGCACAGAUAAUAAAACUACAGCAGCUCAAGCUCCUGAGUUUCGAGGGAUGCCCGUACAUUGACGACAGCUGCCUCAGUCGCCUGGUCCACUUGAAGGACUCACUUACACACCUCAACAUCAACAAGUGUCCACAGAUCACCGAGCGUGGUCUGGCCUGCCUGCACCACCUCAGCAAUCUGGAGAGACUCAACAUGAACGACCUCUCCCAGGUGCCACAUGCUAAGGUAAUGGCCUGCAUGCUGGAGGAUACUCUGCCCAAGCUCAGGAUUGGUCUGGUCACCGAGGAGUACGAGAGGCACAAGAGACUGAGAGACAGAUGGAGGCCGCCGCCAGACCAGGCCAGCAGCAAGGAGAAGGAAGAGGGGACAGUGGAGAAAGCAAGCUGACGCUCUUGUAGAAUAGAUGAUUUUUUUUCUGGAGCUAUAGCGCGUUGUUUGUUUCCAGCAGCAGAGAGAGAGAGAGACCAGCGGCUGUGGAGAGUUUGUCGAAUGAGGGGAGGAGUCAACUUGACUGCCAAAACAGAGAUGGACCCAAGAUUCUUCCACUUCCUUAGAAGUUGCUAAUCUUGCAGUUUUUUUAUGAUUAGUCGUACUUCCAAAGAAAAUUGAAACCAGUGAAUUUUAUACAGCACCAGCACAUAUGGUCUGAUAGGACCAUUCAAUUUCCCCAAGAUUGGGGGAAAAAACUAGAGGGUAAGGCUUAUUUUCGCAUAAAGUAACUGUGAAUUCUUCAUCUUACUGGCACAAUAGCCACCAAAAUACGCAAUACCAUUGUUUGUGUCAUGUGUACAACAUUUAUCAUGCGGAUCUAGCACUGAAUGCUGACUCUGCAGUCUUCUAAUACUUUUAGCCCUUGACAAAGCUUCAAAGGCUUGCUUAUUCCAUACUUAAUAGUGGUCUUUGCUUUCCACAAUGGCUGAUACAUCUGUCUGUCGCAUGGGUCAGUAAGUGCACCCAAUAAGCCUUUGAGAGAAAAUAAACUUUAUCAAAUUGUACAAUACAGUA